UUACAAGCUUGCUAAAUGCAAUUAGCUUUCAUCCGGAAAUUUGCAGACAGCAGUGUCGUCGUUUGACCUUCCUCGACGAGGGACGCUGCUCCCCGAGUCCUGCUGCCGAACUGUGCUGCUAUAUAUAGCUUUCAUGGAACUCGGGGUGUUUUGGGCUCGGGAGCAUUGUUAGACGGGCCGACCAAAGUUGUCGGCAGGCCGAUUAGCGGCAGACGUCGGCGCGGCAAUUCAAAGCCAUGGCUGUGCGGCAACAGCUUCAGGGCGCCAUUCUGAGCACGCGGCAUUGCAGAAUGCUUGCGGUGGACGCACCAACCCGCUCGGGUGGCCGGUUUGUGGCGGCAGCGCUGUCACCGCACACGUCGUGGCAGAAGCGGCGCUCUCGCCGGGGCCUUGCAAUCAGAGUCGCCGCGGUCGCGGCGCCCCCUGAACAGGAACGCAAGUUGACGAGGCGCCCUGGUGCUUUCGGUGACCCAGACCUAGUCGUACUACCGGCAUCUGGGGGGCCGGUGGCGCCGGCGCCGAAACCAGCGGCCGUCGCACACACGCGGCCCUCACCACCGCCGCACAGGGGGGUUGGCGGCCGGCCAUGGACGGCCAUGCACGCUCGGCUCCAGUCCCACCUGCGCUCCACCGGACUUCUGGAAGGCGUGGACAGCGUGCUGGUGGCGGUCUCGGGCGGCCAGGACUCGGUGUGCUUGCUGCAGCUGCUGGCUGACCUGCGGCACCUGUACAGCUGGCGGCGGCUGGGGGUGGUGCACUGCGACCACCGCUGGCGCACCGACUCAGCCGCCAACGCCGCCUUCGUGGUGGAGCUGGCCACACAGCGGCUGGGGCUGGAGGCCGAGGAUGUGCACGUGGAGGUGGCGGCCCCGGGCCAGGCGCGCUGCGAGCGCAGCGCACGCGAAUGGCGCUACCACGUGUUCAGCCGGGUGGCGGCGGAGUGCGGCUACGGCGCAGUGGUGACGGCGCACACGUCCACCGACAGGGCCGAGACCAUGCUGCUGAACCUGCUCCGCGGCGCGGGGCCCAGUGGACUGGUGGCCCUGUCACGCAACCGGCCCCUGCCGCCGCCGCCGUUUUCGGAGCGCGCUGCGAGCAGGCGUCGGCAGGAGUCGUUGCCAGUACCGCAGCGGCCGCAAGGGCCGACGUUUGGACCGUUGCCGGGGCCGGGGCUUGGGCCCGCGGCUGCUCAUGGACCGUGCGGCGGCGAUACUGUUCGAGGCGCCAGCAGUGAAGCGCUGCCCCGCGCCGCUGCGGCUUCCGCAGACUGCACCUGUAACACCGGCAGCUGCGUGUGCGGCGGCGCUGGCAGCGGCACAGCUCAACCUGGAGCCAGCAACAGUAGCAGUAGCAAGUGCUCGAGUAGUCGCAACCGCACCAACAGCAGCAUCGGUGGCAGCGGCCCCGUGCGGUUGGUGCGGCCGCUGCUGCAGUUCGCGCGCGAGGAGACGCUGGCGUUCGUGCAGCAGGCCGGCCUGCCGCACUUCCACGACUCCACCAACGACCACAACGAACAUCGUCGCAACCGCCUCCGUAACGAGGUAAUGCCGCAGCUACGCGCUGGAUUCAACCCGCGCCUGGACCUAGCGCUCACUCGCUUCAUGGAGGUGCUGGAGCCGGAGGUGGAGUUCGUGGAGGACAUGGCGGAGCUGGCGUAUGGCCGUGUGUGCCGGCCGGAGGCUGACGUGGCAAGCCGGGGGCACGGCGGGGUGGCCGCCGCGGCCCCGGCGCAGAGGGCAGAGGAGGGCGGUGCAAACAGCGCCGAAGCACUGGACGGGCGACAGGAGGCGGCGUGUCAGGAGGCGCUGAAGCUGUCAGCGCUGCGGAAGCUGCCGCUGGCGCUGCAGCGGCGGGUGCUGCACUCGUGGCUGGCGCGCGAGCUAGCGCGACGGAGGCGGAGCCUCCGCGCCGGGCCAUCUGCUGCAGCCGGAGUCCGUGCACACAUGGCUGCUGAUGCGGCGUCGCCGGAUGUUGCAGCAUCAGGCCGCCCUUCGGGGUCCGCGUCCAAGUGCGUGGAGGUGGGCUUUGACGAUGUAGCGCGCUGCCUGAAGCUGCUGGUUGGGACGACACCACAAGGCGCGGUCAGUGACCAGCUAUGCGGGGGCCUGGUGGCGGUGGUGGACGGGGAGUGGCUGCGGCUGCGCGCCGCACGCGAGCUGGCGGACUGGCAGCAGCAGGUGCAGGCGCAGCGGCGCAAGGAGCAGCAGGAGCGCAAGCAGCUUCGGCAGCAACAGCAGCGACAGCAGCUUGCAAUGCAGACGCUGCGGGUGCGCGUGGCGCGAAGACUGCGAGAGUCGCAGGAGGAGCUGGAGGCGAUGCAGGCGGCAACUGCCCAGCAGCCGGAGGCAGGUGCAGGUACUGACACACACGGGUUGGUGAUGCGGUACUUGCAGCGGCUGCACCGGGUGCAGCAGGAGUUGCAUGAGCUGGAUGAGCUGGCGCGGGAUGUGCUGGGUAGCCCGUCGCACGAGCGCGAGCAGGCGAGCUUAACAAACUAGCGGUCGGGAGCGGGGUGGAAACUACUCAACUCGCCGCAGGCGCUGGAUAGCGCGGGGCUGCAUCAGUUGUCAGUUGAGCAACGGCAGUGGCAUCGGUGGCAAUGGCAGCGCCCUACAGAUUCAGGCGGACUCAUCACGAGUCGAGUGGCAGGAGGGAAGGCUGGUUUGUGAAGGGCUACAAAGUGGUGGUCGAGCGAAGCAGGCUGUGGCUGGGGAAGUGAUGCGUGUUCGCAUUACGGUUAACUUGCUGAAUGGUGAAGUACCGUAUGAUGGCAAAGCACAAUUUGAUGCGUCAGGGAGUAUGCAUGCGAUCUAAUAGCACUGCUCAACCCGCAUGCGUGCGUGCGUGCUUUCUUGCUUAGCGGUCAUGGGGUUGUGAUGCGUGCGGGACGCCCCAGACAUUUUAUGCACCUGGCAUUGAAGUCAAACGUCCAGAUAGUUCCUGAAUUUUUCGCUGGAUGUCAACACGCAAGGUCGACCGUGACUUGCGUGCGCACGAUGAAGGGCCCACCGGGCGCGGCGGCGUGGAGCUGGCCACGAAAGAGUGGCCCACCCGUGGGUGUCAUCAAGGGUCUACAACCCUAGCACUUUUGUAAGAAGCAGGCAGUGUGUGCGGGCGCGUGAAAGCAUGCAUGUGUCAAUGUCCUAAACCUCAUGCCCGCCCGGCCCGCUGUCACGCCAGGGCGUGUGACCGGACAUGGCGUGGGACCGUUUUAAAUUGACGUGCUUGAAAAAACGCAACACAACAUGACCGUGCCGCAGCCCUUCGACUGCUGCCCACGCCGUGGGCUUCGUGUUGCGGCCCUUCAACUAUUUUGAUGAGGACGCGGCGCUGCGCACGCGCGAGAUCACCAUCUGUGAUUUGGUGAGCGAGCAUGGCAUCCGUUGCAUGCUUAACGGCUUCUGCUACAU